AUGAAUAAAUUAGAUUAAUCAAUUUAAUCGGAAUUCAAUGAGUUUACAGCCUAAUUUUAGUAAUAGGAGCAGGUUAUUAAUAAUCCAGAAUCAUUAUCGUUCUAAAAUAAAUCUGAGUAAGUUUAUCAAAAUUAAUCAAUACAAUUUUAAUCAGCUGAACAAUUGCAGUCAUAUCAAUAGAGCCUCAACCAUUUUUAAGACUUUCCUUAAGUCGAAUUAUUGGCUACAUCAUAGAAUGAGACAGAACAAUAUCUGAAUAUCAGCUUUUAGGAUAUCAUUUAACUUCUCUUUAAUAAUCAAUGUCCCCAACUAAACAAUGUGCUUAAAACUGUUAUUUUUAGAAGUUGUGUAAUCAUAAAUGUGUUCACAAUUCUGAACCUAAUUUUUAUAAUUAAUGAAGUAAUAGCCUUGUAUUUUUCAUUAAUCACCAAGGAUGACAUAAAAGAACUAUUCAGUGUUUAUUUCGGGUUCAAUCUGAUCUCCGAUUGUCUGGUGAUCUACAUUAAUUGUCAACUAAGAUACGUGAUUAAUGAGGCUGAACAAAUAAAACAUGGAGAUAUAACUCAUCCCAUUAUUGAAUACCUAAAAUACACAAUAAAAUUAAACAGUCCAUUUGAAGACAUUAUGGAAGAUGAAGAGCAGAAUUCCUAAGCAUAACAAGUAGCGAUUAGUAUCUCUGAGAAGAUUUCAACCUACAAGUGGAUAUCCUAUUUGCUUGAAAGUUAGAGUUCCUAAAUAUUCGCGUUGAAUCGAGUGUGUGUGUUGGUGAAAAUAAUAUUGUUCGCUUGGGGAAAUAUCACAAUAAUACAGUGGGUGAUUCUGAAUUGGAAUGAUAAGAUGAAGACCAUGGACUAAUUCGAGCCCAUUUUGAUAAUCUUGACAUUGAUCUCAAUGCUCAUAGGUUACAUGGUCAUAGCGAUGAUAAUCUGUAUACUAUUAAUAAUAUGUGCGAGCAUUCCUAUUCUUAUAGGAGUGGCCAUAUGGCAAUCAUGCAGUUGGUGUACUGAUCUGUAUUAUGAAUACAAAUAGCACAGAAUCGAAUAAUAGAGGGUGGGAUUUUUAGCAAAUUUAAAUUCCCAAAAAUUCUAGGAUUUAAAGAAUUAGGAUACAAAUAUACAUGAAGAUUGUUCGAUUUGUUUAUAGACCUAUUAAAUUGAUGACAAUUGCGUUAGGUUGCCCUGUAAUGUCGACGGUAGUAAUAAGAAGAUCAAUCACAUUUUUCAUGACGAAUGUAUAAGAAUUUGGAUAUAAGACCAGGGUUCUUGUCCAAUCUGUAGAACAAUAUUCAUUGAAAGACUUGAAGAUUGA